GGUUUCUCUCUCUAUAAGAACCUCCCACUCUCAGUCUCUCACCACCAACCAUUAAACAUGCAAAAUCUGCAACUUUGCAGUUUCUUCUUCUUCUUCUCUUCCCUUUUUUUCUCUACAAUUCUGGCUCAAUAUUCAUGGAGCCAGAACACACAAUUCAACCAAGCCAAAAACUAUGAGGGUUCAUCAGAUCUGGUGGACCUUCAGUACCAUAUGGGUCCUGUCCUUGCUUCUCCCAUCAACCUUUAUGUUAUAUGGUAUGGCCACUGGAACCCUACUUAUCAAUCCACCAUUAGAGACUUCCUCUACUCUCUCUCCUCUCCUGCCCCUUACCCUUCUGUUGCUGAUUGGUGGAGCACUGUGAGGCUCUACACUGAUCAAACUGGCUCAAACAUCACUAGAACCAUUGCUCUCUCCGGAGAGUUUUACGAUUCUUCCUACUCCCAUGGAAGCUCUCUCAGCCGCCUUUCGAUGCAGUCCAUCAUAAAAAAUGCUGUCACUUCACAUCCAAGAGCCUUGCCUCUCAACCCGAGAAACGGGGUUUACUUAGUUCUGAGCUCAUCUGAUGUUAGGGUUCAAGACUUCUGCAGGGCGGUUUGUGGUUUUCACUACUUCACAUUUCCAACCCUAGUUGGUGUGACUGUGCCGUAUGCAUGGGUGGGUUAUAGCGGGAGUCAGUGUCCGGGCGUCUGCGCUUACCCUUUUGCCUGGCCUAAGGACUCAGGCAGGCCGCCACCAGGCACACCUGGAGGGAACACCAUUAUGCGCGCGCCCAACGGGGAUGCGGGCACUGAUGGGAUGAUAAGUGUGAUAGCUCAUGAGCUAGCGGAGGUCUCGAGCAACCCGCUUGUGAAUGCGUGGUACGCAGGUGACGAUCCGACUGCACCGACAGAAAUUGCAGAUUUGUGUAUGGGGGUUUAUGGUAGUGGCGGGGGUGGAGGGUAUGUUGGUGCGGUUUCAAAGGACAGAUGGGGAAAUGGGUUUAAUGUAAAUGGGGUGAAAGGAAGAAAGUUUUUGGUACAGUGGAUUUGGAACCCUGUGAAAAGAAGAUGCUUUGGUCCCAAUGCUAUGGACUAGGAGGAGGAUGGAACUGUGGUUAACAGCUGCUUAAUGCUUUUGUGCAAAAGUGCUUAUGGAUCUCUUUCUUGCUUUUGAGGUCAGAGGAGAGAGAGAGAGAGAGAGAGAUGGUGGAGGGCCCUAUUGGUAAAGGGAUUGGCGAUUUAGGAUGCUUGAUUUGUUUGAAAUUAUUACUUAUUAGCGGUUGUCAUGGAGACUAGACAAAAGCACUUUCAUGCUUUGCUUGUUCUAUUUAUAGGCUGCUUUUUUUGUAAUGCAUAAUUGAUGUAGAAGAUGCAAGUAAAGGCACUAUUUUGCAAUUGUACCACCAUAUGAAUAAAUAAGAUUAUGUA